UAAAAAAUAUUAAUAAAAGUAUUAUAUUUAAAUAAAACAAAAGUAAUUAUUUUACGGUGCGCUUAAUUGAUUAAAAUAAUAAACAAUUGUGCGACGGUAAUAAUCCCGCGUUCUUUAACUCUAUCUAUAUAUAAAACAAUUAAGUACUGAAGUAUAUAAAAAAAAAAAAAAAAAAUAUAAUCAUAAUAAUAAUUACCUCCACCUAUCGGACACCAUCUUAACACGUCUGGUAGACGGUAGACGGUAGACGCGAGCUUUAAGCUGAAUAAAUCCAAUAAAUUUAAUAAAUUUAAUAAAUAAUAAAAUACUAUAAAUUGUGUUUUAAAAAAUAUUACCGGUGAUAAGACUGUUGCUGUUAUUACUGUUCUCGCUGCUACUUCUGUUUAAACACCUGACACAGUGUUAUAUUUAUCCUACAUGUUUGUGUCAUAUGUGUUGAGGGCGGAAAAGGCUGAAAAAGUGGUAGCUGGUAACGACUUCGGCUGGCGUCAGCAGGUGACUGUGUUGGAGAAAUUACAGACAGAAGAAUAUUAACUGGCAAAGGAAAAGAGGACGCCAGCCGUUUAGAAUAAACAGGCUUUAAUUUAUUGGAGCUUCCGAAGAAGAUAAACUAAAAUAAAAGCACGACAAGAAGAAGAAGAAGAAAAAUAAUUUAAAAAACUUAUUUUGGUGAAUUUAAUCAGAAAAAAAAAAAAAAAAACAACAUGAAUGAAUUAGAUAGCCUUCGCCAGGAGGCGGAAACUUUGAAAAAUGCUAUUCGAGAUGCAAGAAAAGUGGCGUGUGACACAAGUUUGGUCCAAGCAACAGCAGGAAUGGAACCAAUUGGUCGAAUACAAAUGCGAACAAGACGUACGUUACGUGGUCACUUGGCAAAAAUCUACGCUAUGCAUUGGGGAAGUGAUUCAAGCAAUUACACCAACAGGAAUUUGGUAUCAGCAUCCCAGGAUGGUAAAUUAAUUGUUUGGGACAGUUAUACCACGAAUAAGGUCCACGCAAUUCCACUUAGGUCAUCCUGGGUAAUGACCUGCGCGUACGCUCCUUCUGGAAGCUAUGUUGCUUGCGGAGGUCUUGACAACAUUUGCUCUAUAUACAGUCUGAAAACUCGAGAGGGUAACGUACGUGUUAGCCGUGAGCUACCUGGACACACCGGAUAUUUAUCCUGUUGUCGAUUUAUCGAUGAUAAUCAAAUAGUCACCAGUUCUGGAGACAUGUCUUGUGCACUCUGGGACAUAGAAACUGGCCAACAGUGCACAUCUUUUAUUGGUCAUACCGGGGAUGUAAUGUCAUUAUCAUUAGCACCAGACAUGAGAACUUUUGUUUCUGGUGCUUGUGACGCUAGCGCUAAAUUAUGGGAUAUACGUGAAGGUUCCUGCAAACAAACUUUCCCUGGUCAUGAAAGUGAUAUAAAUGCCGUUACGUUUUUCCCCAAUGGUUAUGCAUUUGCUACUGGAUCUGAUGAUGCAACUUGCAGACUUUUUGAUAUACGUGCUGAUCAAGAAUUAGCAAUGUACAGUCACGAUAACAUUAUUUGUGGUAUUACAAGUGUAGCAUUUAGCAAAAGUGGUAGACUUUUGUUAGCUGGUUACGAUGAUUUUAAUUGUAAUGUUUGGGAUUCUAUGAAAAGUGAACGUGCAGGAAUACUUGCGGGGCAUGAUAAUCGUGUUUCUUGUCUUGGAGUAACCGAGGAUGGAAUGGCAGUGGCAACGGGAUCAUGGGACUCAUUUUUACGUAUUUGGAAUUAGAAUUUAGGCAAAGAAAAUGAAAUAAACAUACGACAUUCAUUGAUGGACAGGGACGAUCUGGCGAGAAGACGAAAAGACGAAAAGACGAAAAAAUGAAAAAAUGAAAAAAUGAAAAAACAAGAGACAAAGACUUGUCGUCAUGUUAAACGACUGCAAUAUCUCGAGCUUGAAUCAUAAAAUUUUAAAUGCAACGAGAUAUACUAUGUACAACCACGAUAUAUGCGAUGCAGAUGGGUAUGCAUAUUAUACUUGUUUGAAUUAUUAUACUAUAAAAGUACAUACUGUCUAUUUUUCGUCUAAUGUAUUGACGGAAGUCAUACAUAUAUUACAAUUUUAUGCAUAUGAUGUU